CCCGUGCGUCAGUGUCCCCUCCCACCUGGAAUAUCAUUGGCUCCUGUCUGCUCCCUCUCCUCGUCUCAUUGGUCAGGGAGUUGCCUGUCAAAGCGACCUGACGUGCGAGACAAGUUUACAACUCUAUACACGUGCGGCUGGUCCAUCACGGCUCGCGGUGACAUCCUGCACAGAGCGAGGACAGAGGAGACCCUGAUCACCUGAGGACCCGAGGACCGGCAGCGCUGCGCACCUGUUUGACGGUCUUGCUCACCUGUGUGCAGGUAUUUUUUUUCUUUGGAGGAGACAGGUGUGUGGAUGAAGACUCCUCAGUUUCUCAAUGGCAAGAAGACUCAAUAAUGUGUGCCUAACAUGGCUGUGGCUCCUGUACCGACCACCAAGGGACCGGUAUGGCUUUUAGCCGCAUCAGUAAGCUGGACCCCCCGUCCCGAGGCAUCCUCAGGAAAGCGGCGGUCAUGCUGGGCUCCCUCCUCACCUCUCUCUUCCUCCUGCACUGCCUCACCGACCGCUGCGGCACCACCUCGCCCUCGCCGGUCAAAGCGGAGGACUUGACUUCACAGACACGGACUAAGAGACUGGUGUACGAAUGGACCGGGGGGACAGGCUACGGGGCCGCGAGACGCUCCUCACGGGUCCUCGCGGAUGAACGCGCGGGGCAGGUCGUGGAGGACUCUCUCAUCCUGCCUCCUCCGGAUUUAGUCGCUUCCAGGAGGAGGGUGUCCCCGAGGUUUGCGGGUCAGCUCAGCCCGCUCGGGGAGGGGAGCAAGAAGCUGCCCCAGGCUCUCAUCAUCGGGGUGAAGAAAGGAGGGACCCGGGCUCUGCUGGAGUUUCUCCGGGUUCAUCCGGACAUCAGAGCCGUGGGAGCGGAGCCGCACUUCUUCGACCGCAACUAUGACAACGGGCUGGAGUGGUACAGGGAGCUGAUGCCCAAGACCCUUGAAGGCCAGAUCACCAUGGAGAAAACCCCCAGCUACUUUGUGACCAGAGAGGCUCCAGCCAGGAUAUCCGCCAUGUCCCGGGACACCAAGUUGAUCGUGGUAGUGAGGGACCCCGUCACCAGGGCUAUCUCGGACUACACGCAGACAUUGUCUAAGAAGCCUGACAUUCCCUCGUUCGAGAGCCUCACCUUCAAAAACAGGACUACGGGGCUCAUCGACACCUCGUGGAGUGCCAUCCAGAUCGGCAUCUAUGCCAAACACCUGGACAACUGGCUGCAGUAUUUCCCCAUGGACCAGAUCCUGUUCGUGAGCGGCGAGCGCCUAAUCAGCGACCCCGCCGGUGAGCUUGGUCGCGUGCAGGACUUCCUGGGCCUGAAGAGGAUCAUCACAGACAAACACUUCUACUUCAACCAGACCAAGGGUUUCCCGUGCCUGAAGAAGGCUGAGGGCAGCAGCAAGCCCCACUGUCUGGGCAAAACCAAAGGGCGGACCCACCCGAACAUUGACCCUGAGGUGGUGCAGAGGCUACGGGACUUCUACAGACCCUUCAACAUGAAGUUCUACCAGAUGACAGGGCGUUUUUUUGGCUGGGAUGACUGAAUGUGUUUUUGUCUAUGACACUGAGGGUCGUUGAAAUACUGCGAGAGAGUAUGAGGAGUACUCUAGUGGGAAAAUUAGAUCGUGGGAAUUAAGUCGUAAUAUUUCAAGAAAAGUUAUAAUGUUGCAAAAAAAAAAAAACUGUCUAACCUACUUGGCUGUUAUAUUAUAUAACAGCUUUUUCACAUCAAAAAUAUUUACUUUAUUUACUGAAGCUUAUUCUCAUAACAUCAUGAUGUUUUGUCAUAAAUUUACAACUUCCUACUUGUAAUACAAUGUGUACAUUGAGAUUUUAUUGUAUUAUUGUAAAAUUACGUCUUUUUAAAUUUUAUUUUGUCUGUUUACAUACUGUAGUUUCCAUAUAUAUAUAUAUAUA